AUGCGUAGAAAAGUGCUCGAAAUCCCACCCCCGGCUCCUUUCCGCAUACCGGGUCAGCCCCGGCUGCGCCGCCGGUGCGGGGCCAGCGCGGAGCCACCUCGGCGGAGCGGGGAGCGGAGCCUCGGGGGCGGGGGGCGGCGGCAGAGGCCCCCGCCGGUCUCCGCGGGGGCGGCGGGCCGGGGAAGGGGGGCAAGAGGCCGGGGGGAGCCCGGCGGCGAGCGCCGUACGCCAGAUCCUGGAGAGCGGAUCGCGGUGGGGCGCGCCCCGCCCGCCGCUCCGCGCACAGCCGCGCACGGCCGCGCAGCGCCGACGGGGCGGCCGCCGGAAGCGCGGCCCGGCGGAGAGCGGCGGGCGGCGGCGAGGCCCCGAGCGGCGACCUCCAGCGCGGGCCCCGGUCACGGCGGAGCCUGCACCCAUGGACGGGCCGUGCCCGCGCAUCGCCCGUCGGUGACCGAGCACCGGGCAGGGAGAGAGGAGGCGACGGCCCCGGUUCGCGUUCCGAGGGCAGCUGCGGACGGUGACGAGGAGUGUUCCCCUUCGAGGGAAGGUUUUCCAACCUGCCCCAGGCUCUGCAGCGCUCGGGGCCACCGUGCCUGGCUCCUGCGAGUGGUCGCGUUCGCCCGCGGGCCCGGUCCCCGAUCCCCGGUUCCCGGUGCCCGGGAUGGGCGUAUGGAGCCCGGAUUGUCUCGUAGCCGGUAGACUUAGGCCUUGGCGCCAGGCCGUUUAAGACCUGUCAAAGUCCUUCAUAUUUCCCUCACGUCACAUGGACCUUUCGCUCUCUUCCCCGCGCCAUGCGAGGGCCGUAAUUUGGAUCUGUGAGCUGGUGAGCAAAUGCAAUUUGCUCUUCUCCAUCGCUGUGUUGUCUCCGUGACCCCAGCCAGCAGGACGGCUGGUGUCCUGUCCGGGGCACUUACACAAAUUGCGGGUGAUUGAUGAAAAAUAACAAUUCUCACAAGCAGCCGGGCCUCCGCCUUCCCCUCCUCCCGGCUCCACCGGGCUGCGGCGGCCCCGCGCCCCGGGGAGCGCUCCCCCCGACGGGGUGCACCAGGCCAAAGGGGUUUUCUUGUGCCCCCCAUUCCCGGCAGCGAUGCCACGGCAAGAGGAGACCCCCGGGCCCUUGGGGAGGGCGGCUCGGCUGCUCGCACCUUCCCAAAUUGGGGUGGAAACAGGCCGUGGCGUGGGGGGAAGGACUCGCUGCCGCAGGGCUGCGCUCCACUGUCCUUCCCCGGGAGCAGCCGGACAGACAGACAGACAGAGCUGGGGGGUCAGACACUCCCCGAGCGAGGCCGCAGGUGCGGGGUCGGUGGUUCCGAAGGGAAGCGGGACUCGGUGGCCCCUCCAGCCCCGGGUGCAUCCCCCGGUCCGACCUGGCCCUGCAGCCUCAGCCGGGCUUGGGGCAGGCGGGGAGGAGGCGAGGGGCGGCCCCGCAGCCCCAGCAGCUUCGUCGGCCCCUCUUCUGCGCUCCACCUAGAGAGGAAAAGAACCCCACGUGUGACAAAACUGUCCUCGUUUGAUCUCACCCACCCGCGCCCAGGACACCCCUCCUCCGCCUUCCUUCUCCGGGGCUCCGCAUCUCCCCUCGCACCCUUCUGCGGGGUGGGAAUCCCUUCAUCCCCGGGAGAUCCCGGGAAAACGAUUCUGCUCCCCCGCCGUGCUCCGGUGCCCGCUGGAGGGGACGGGGAGGGGCCGCGGGGCACCGGAGCCCGGCGGAUGCCCUUUUAUCGACAGCAGCCGCGGGGAUGCUCCAUCUGACACCAGCCUCCCUCCUCUUCCUCCCGCUGCGCGCCCGCGGAGCUGCGCGCCCCUUCCGUGCGCAGGGAACCCCCGGGCCGCUCCCCCCCACCCCCCCGAGAUCCCCCUGCCCUCAGACUGUUUAGAUUUCUCUCCAGCUUUAAAGAAAAUAUUUCCAGUAAUCCAGAUUUCUGGAAAAUAACAACAUGCGGGGAGACGCAGACACAAACGCCGCUGAAGUUUAUCCAGAGUUUGAACAAUUUAUAAACACAUUUCCCAGCCUGUUUGGCAGGGCGGGCGGCGAGUGACCCCGGCCCGGCCGGGAGGAGACACACGCAUCCUCCAUCCUCCCGUUACUCCGCGCCGCUUUGAGCUGUGAACCUGCACUUCAUUGAAUUUUAAAUUAUUCUUUUUUUUUUUUUUUUUUUUUUUUUUUUUUUUGAGUUACGGAGCGCUCUUUGAGUUAGUGACCCCCUCCAGCCCCGCGCCCCCGGCGCUCUCCACGUCGGGGCGCGGCGCCGAGCUCGCACCGAGCCCGCUGCCUUAAAAGGAGACGGGAGCCCCGGUCCGAGCCGUGCCAGAGCGAGGGGACCCGCCCGGAACCGGGGCUGGCACCGAGGAUGGGGAUGGGAACGGGCGCGGGGAUGGAGGGGCGCGGUGGGGGAUCAUGCAAAUCCCUCUGUUUAAAAAACUUCCAUCUGAGAAGGUGUGUCACAUCCCGGCGCGGGCGCGUAAUCCCGGGCUAAUGGCAUUAUCGCCGCCUCAUCGCCGUCAUGGGAUGGGGCCGGGGGCGAGCAUCCCGCCCCGCCCGCAGCCACGCGUGACCGCGGCUCGGUUGUGCGGGGAACGGAGCCGCAGAUCCGCCCGCUCCUUGUCGGGUUCGGUGUCGCUGCCCCUCCCGGCUCCCCUGGCUCCCCCUCGCAGUUUCUACCCGCGUCUAUCGAUAAUCGGGGUCUGCCCGCAUUUCCCGAGCUAAGCCGGGGUUCCUCUCUUAAAUCAACCAGCUCCAACAAACGGCAGUAUUUGAUAAAAUGAUGCUGUUGGGGUCCCCCCUCUGCUUCCUCCCUGGAUUAGCAGGGAGGAUUUGGGGUCGUUCUGCUGCCCAGUGCUCGGAGCGGCCGGGACGGGGCUGCGCGACUCCCGCAGCCUGAGACGUCCCGGCGGAACAGGGGAAAAGCGACGGAAUUGGCUGUUCUGGGAGCAGAGAAAAAAAAAUAA